ACAUUCUGCCUCUUUUCCAUUAAGAUUAGCACAAGCAAAUACAGGAAAAAUGUCUGUUAUUAACGGCGGGGGUAAUGGAGACCAUUACAGCGAAAUAAAUCGGCAUUAUGCUGAAGAAUGCAGUCAAGAUGACAUUGGAACAUUCCUUUUCACAUCAGAAUCAGUAGGCGAAGGCCACCCAGAUAAAAUCUGCGAUCAGGUCAGCGACGCCAUUCUAGAUGCUCAUUUAAAACAGGAUCCAAAUGCCAAGGUUGCCUGCGAGACGGUUGCCAAGACCGGCAUGAUCUUAGUAUGUGGAGAGAUUACAUCAAGAGCUAUGGUAGAUUACCAGAAAGUUAUUCGUAAUACAAUUAAACAGAUCGGGUAUGAUGAUUCCUCUAAAGGAUUUGACUACAAGACAUGUAAUGUAUUAAUAGCCCUUGAAGAACAAAGUGUAGAUAUUGCUGCUGGUGUCCAUGUUGACAGAAAUGAAGAAGAUAUUGGUGCUGGUGAUCAGGGUUUAAUGUUUGGUUAUGCUACAGAUGAAACAGAAGAAUGUAUGCCCUUAACAGUUGUACUAUCACAUCAACUUAAUGCUAAAAUAGCUCAAUUACGUCGUGAUGGGGGUUUACCAUGGGCAAGACCAGACUCAAAAACACAGGUUACAGUUGAAUAUAAAUAUGUAAAGGGUGCUGCCAUACCUCUUCGCGUCCACACCGUAGUUAUCUCCCUUCAACACGACGAAACUGUAUCGACAGAAACACUACGACAAGAAUUAAUGGAUAAAGUUGUAAAAUCUGUAAUUCCUGCCAAAUAUUUAGACAAUAAAACAGUCUAUCACAUUCAGCCUUCUGGUCGAUUUAUUAUCGGAGGUCCUCAGGGUGACAGUGGGUUAACAGGCAGGAAGAUUAUUGUUGAUACAUACGGUGGUUGGGGGGCUCACGGUGGAGGAGCUUUCUCCGGAAAAGACUUCUCGAAGGUAGAUAGAUCUGCAGCCUAUGCAUCAAGAUGGGUGGCUAAAUCUCUUGUUAAAUCUGGACUGUGUAAACGGGUUCUUGUACAGUUAUCCUAUGCUAUUGGUAUCGCCGAACCAUUAUCCAUCACCGUCUUCAGCUACGGAACAUCGCACAAAUCCGAGAAAGAAUUACUGGAAAUAGUCAAGAACAAUUUUGAUCUCAGACCAGGAAAAAUCGUCCAGGAAUUAAAUUUACGCUCACCAAUCUACCAACAGACGGCUUGCUACGGACAUUUUGGACGACCAGGUUUCUCAUGGGAAACGCCCAAGAAAUUGAAAUAUUAGUUGUUAUAUACCCCCUAUAAUUAAUUAACUUUGUUUAUUAUAAAUUUUUUAAUUAUAUAUUAAUAUUGUUAUUACUCGUAUUGUGUAUAGAUCGCUUGCGGUCGAUUCAUGGUAUUUAAAGGUGCCACAGUAGAAACAAGGAUAGGUUGACGUAGACAUUAACCAAAAAUUUUUCAAAAAAAAAAAAAAAUUACUCGAUUAAUUUAUUGUUUUUCAAAUUUGUGCGUUAUUAAAUGAUAGCAUUCUGACCUCCUGUUGUCAGAAAAUGUUCUACAUUGAGGAUAUUCGUAACUUUGUAUUGGGGGAGAGAUGGUAUGGAUUAUCUCUCUUUCAUGUAAAUUUUUCUGAAUUGCGGAUAUUUUGUAUGAGGGAUGAUAUGUUAAUUAUCGUUCCUUUAUGCGUACUUUGUAAGGAAUUUUUCUGAUGACAGGACUUUCGUUAGUGUUAUUAUCGUAGCGCAGUGUUUGAUAAACUUCUGAUUUGUCCCCAAUAUAUAUAUAUAUAUAGAUAGAAUCGUAUAAAUCCAUGUUAUCGUUGAUUGUGUUAGUCAUGUGAUGAACCUGGUGCUCUGAGAUUGAUCACAUUGACUGACAGUGAUUCGCCCAUUUGAUUUAAUUGUUUAUUCGGAGUUGUCUACCUUGGUCUGAUCUUGGUGCUACUGCAAAUCUGCAUGUGCAUGUAAAAACACAUGCACCUUUGUCUUGGGUUUAUAGAAAUUUCAAGGAAAAGAGCACUCUCUCUAAACCUCUCGGGUUACCUUCGCCAUGAAUCGACUGCGACCAUGGUUAACAUUUUUUUUCUUUUUUUUUUUUUACACGUAUGCGUGUUCUCGUUGGUCACGAUUUUGUGUCUUGUAUAUUACAAUACAAAUAUUUUUUUAGUCGGAUUUUGAAGACUAAAGGUGUGUUAGAACUCAAUUGAUAGGGUAUUUACUAUAUUCUCUGUCCGUUGAUUUAUUUAAAUAACAAUGAAGUUGUACAUCAGAUUAAAAAAUUUACGCAAAAAAUGAUACAAGGGAGAUAAGCUAAUUAUUUGUGUGAAAGAGUGAGUGUGUGUCUGUCUCUCAUAAAUUAUCGAUCAAUCAAUCGUGAGAAAAUAUUCCUCUCAUUGAACAUUUAAAAUAAUAAAAAGAAAAAUGUGUGCAAAUGAUAAAUUCUGUAAAGAAAUUUUAAAAUAUUGUAAAAAAAAAAAUUAUGAAUUGUACAAAUUUCUUAACAUGAUGCUCAUUUGUAAACGAGAUUCAUGGCGAUAUCAUUAAAUCAUUGUUUUCAUAUUGUAUAAAAAAGAGGUAAUUUUUAAACUUGCCUUCUUGGGAUCAAGAAAUAAUAAUAAAAAAUUAUAAAAUUUU